AUGUCAUCCUACGCCGCGUUUCGGGCUGCGGAGCGCUCUUCCACUCUCAAUGGUGGCUCCUCUUCAUCCCAUUCCCAACCCCACUCCCGCAACUCAACUCCAUGUGGCAACGGGUACGGUAACGGCAGCAGUAGCAGCGGUAGCAGCAGUAGCAGCAGCACCAAUAAUGGCAACGGCAACAGCAAUAGCAACGGCCGGAACGGCGACAAAGAGAAAGAGAAGGUCACUUUUGCCAGUCCAGAGAUCAAAGCACUAUCUCCUCUUCGAUCCAACAAGGCUUACGAGUAUAUGUAUCGCUCUGCCGACAUCGGGCAAGAGCUUCAAUGUCGCCUAGCUAGGAACCCUCCACGACUUUUCCCCGAAUACGAAGCAACACGUCUCUACGACUACUGGAUUGCCUGGGUUGAAGAAUGGGAAAUCGGUCACAAAGGUCUCGCUAUUGUCAAUCCUUACUCGACAAUGGUCAGCGACGUUAUUCCACCUUGGGACUUUGUCUGGACUGACGAGGAUCUUCUCGACCCUUCGGUUCCACCUCUCGACCAGCUCAAGCCCGAACCGGAAGUCAACGGCUACAAGCUCACUGAUGAGCUUGUCGCUAGAGGUGGAUGUAACUGCGAGGAUGACGAAUGCGAUCCGAAAACUUGCGCUUGUUUGAGACGAGCUGCAAACUGCUAUCCUCAUUUGGAGACGCCGUAUCAGACGAUGUUCAAUCCUCCCAAGUCGCAGUCCGACACCAGUGGUCAUGACGCAACUUCGUUCGAGCCCAAUCCUGACUUUGUUUACGACUCUUUCGGUAGACUCAGCAGUACGGUAGCCGAAGGUACGCCUAUUUUCGAGUGUAACGACCUCUGCCCCUGUGGAGAAACGUGUAGGAACCGCGUUGUGCAGAAGGGUAAGAAGGUCAACCUUGCAUUCUGCAAGACCGAGACUAAGGGCUGGGGUAUCAAGGCGUUGGAGCAGUUAUCGCGUGGAACCUUUGUCGGUGUCUAUGGAGGCGAAUUGCUCAGCGAUGCCGAAGCUGAACGACGAGCUGAGGUCUACGACAAGAAGCUCGGCACCACUUACCUUCAGACUGUCGAUAGUCAUAUCAUCAAGGUGCAUUUGACCAAGAAGAUCCUCGAGAGGGAGUUAGCGGAGAAGGAUGAGCUCAAGUACUAUCGCGGCAAUCGGGACAAUGAGCGUCGUAUGGUCGAGCUCAUCUCUGUUACGGCAGACAACAUCGAGAAGUACGAUGAUUACUAUAGGUACCUUGAGGAUGGUGGUGAUUCGAGGUUGUGGCAGUUGGAGUUACGUAUUCGUAAUGGAACAGCCACUGAGGAAGAAAAGGAAAAGAUCUUGUCGCAGGGCUUGAAGGAUGCAACACUGCGAGCGAAUGAGCAAGCUCUGGCCAAAAGGGAUAGACUUGUGGCAGAAGCACCAGGCCUUCUAUUCCCCGAAGCCAUUGAUCCGAAGCAAGACUAUGACGAUGUAGUCUACAAAUUCCUCAGCCUGUCCAAGGAGGAACAAGAACACGCUCGCAAAAUGCACGACAUUCGCUCUGACGAAGAAGACCAACACUUUGUCACGGUCGAUUCUGCACUAUGGGGGAACCAUACUCGAUUCUUCAACCACUCUUGCGAUCCUAACAUACUCCACGUACCCGUCUAUAUCAGUAAUGCUUCCAUCAUGCGUCCGCUACUGGCAUUUUUCACGCUCAGACCGGUAGCAGAGGGUGAGGAGCUUUGCUUCGCCUACAGUGGAAAGGCGAGCGAAGCUCCUUACUCAGCUCCGGAAAGUCCGGCAAAACGAACUGCAGGUCGACCCAAAAAGGCAACCACAAUGCACACUCCCUCUACCAAGCCAGGUGCGGAUACGAGAGCAGCGAUUACUGCCACUCCUGCCAACAGUGCUGCGGCAACAGGGGCAAAUAUGGCGAAUGCAAAGUUGGGGAUCAAAUGUGCUUGUGGUGCAAAGUAUUGUACCGGGAGAGUGUUUGCUUAG